GGACUGCUCGGGUUCACAGAGAUACGCAAUUCGGAUCCAGUUUCCCACAUUCAGCUGGUGGUGGUCACAUGGGCCAGACGCCGCCUGUGUUAUGUGUUGGGAUGAGUCCUUUAAGUCUGAUUCAUCCAUCACCAGAUCUCACAGCCUUAUUUCGAGCCGCAUGCGCCCCGUCCCUGUAAAAGCGGCGCCUCCAAUCAGUCGCUUCUAUGGCACAUCCCCUGUAAAACUCGUCCUCGUACGGAAAGCUGCAUGAUGGUCACCGGGCCGAGACCCAGAAGCUGAAUGGAAAGACCAGCCCAGUUGCGCUUCUAUUAUAUAGUCAUCUUACAUCCCCAGCCUCGUCCUAUGAACUGCCCUCCCAACUCCAUCACUUCCAAGCUUCAACAUCAUGGAACAUCCCCAGAUCCCCCCUCCCCAGCCAAAGCCUAAGCCACCUCUCAGCCCUCAGGCUUUGGUCUCCAAAUUCUGGUCUCGAUACCAUGCCAAAGCCCCCGGAAAGGUCACUUCCAUCUUUCCUCGUAGCCUAUACGAACCUCUCCUUCCCAACUUCGAUACAUCACAAUCCAGGACUCGAAAUGCUGCUCAUGGCUAUGAACAGGCCCGCUCCGAGUGUCGUGCCCGGGUUCAGGCUGUUGUUGCCGAGUGUGAGCGUACCAACUCAAAGUUUAGCGACCCUGAUUUCGACAUCGAGACCGAUUUCUCAAUCAGAACCGAUAACUGCUUACACGGCCUGGUAAGAGAAUGGGAAAGUGGCUGUAAUGAUGAGAGCGAUCGAAGCAGCAAAAUCCGAGCAUGGCAGGUCAAGCUGUCUCUCGACACUUUGAAAGACAGUGGCGUCUUAGGAAAUGACAAGCUCGAGAUUGACGUUGGCAACUUGCGCAAGUACCUUGGCCAGGAUGAUAGUUGCUACAGCAUGGCCCCAACGAGACCCGGGUCUGUCCAUCGCUUGUCAUGGGUCUUUGAGAGCCCGCAAUUCACCGUAGACGGCUUCUCAAGCACUGAUAUUAAGCAGGGGGGCAGCGGCGACUGUUGGUGGUUAGCCGCCUUGGCGACCAUUGCCCACCGGAAGGACUUGAUGAACAAGAUCUGCGUGGAGAGAGACGAAGAAUGUGGCGUUUACGGCUUCGUCUUCCAUCGAGACGGAGAGUGGAUUUCGACUGUGGUGGAUGACAACAUGUACCUCAAAGAAAAGGACUUCGGUCAGGACUCGGAUGUCUACGACUCCACGGGUAAGAAGGCCCGGCUGUACAAGAAACAGAAGCAGAAUGGUUCCGAGGCUCUCUUCUUUGCCAAAUGCGACGACGCCAAUGAGACCUGGCUCCCGCUGCUUGAAAAAGCUUUUGCCAAGGUUCAUGGCGACUACGGAGCCCUUGAUGGCGGAUGGGCUGGUACUGCGGUCGAAGAUCUUACCGGUGGCGUCACCACCGUCGUUGCCGGAAACAGAGUCCUUCGUAAGGAGCGUCUUUGGCGCGAAAUGGUAGGAUCUGGUAGUGAGGACGGAGAGUUUGUCUUUGGCCUCUCAGCCACAGGUCCUGGAGCAGACUCGCGGAACGGGCUUGUUCUUCGACAUGCAUAUUCUAUUCUCAAGGCCACAGAAGUGGAAAACGAGGAAGGAAUCAAGUUUCGUUUGGUCAAAAUCAGGAAUCCUUGGGGCCAACGAUCCGAAAGUGGCACUGGGGAAUGGCAUGGGCCCUGGUCAGACGGCUCCCGAGAAUGGACCCCGUACAUGAUCCAGAAGCUUCGCCACGAAUUUGGAGAUGACGGUAUCUUCUGGAUGUCAUACGACGAUGUUCUUGUACACUUUAAGUGGCUGUAUAGAACUCGUCUCUUUGACCAGCGGUGGACCGUGGUUCAGCAAUGGACCAGUAUCAGAGUGUCAUGGUUAACAGGAUAUCUCAAAAAGAGAUUCAUCAUUGAGGUCAAGGAAGAGGGCAUGGUAGUGAUUGUUUUGUCGCAGCUCGACGACCGGUACUUCCGUGAUCUCAAGGGUCAAUACGAGUUUACCCUUCAGUUUCUCCUCAGACGGGUGGACUCCGCCACACCAAUCUGCCAAAUUAGGUCUGCCCACACCUGGGACCGACGUUCCAUUAACUGCGAGAUGAACCUGGAGCCAGGGACAUAUGAGGUUGUCCCCAAUCUCACUGCUGAACGGGAUGAGGAUCGUCCCACAGUGGAAAAGAUCGUCAAGGCUGGUGCGGAUAAUAACCCUCAGAAGCUACGCCAGGUUGGUCUACAGUAUGACCUUGCCCAUGCAAAAGGCGGAGUAUUGGAUGAGGAUGAGGAGCUACAGAAGAAACGCGCCGAAGAAAAGAAAAAGCGGCGCAAUCAGAAAAAGAAGAUGCAGGGUGGGAACCAGGUCGAGCAGGCGAUGAUGCGGAUGGAAGAGUUUAUGCUACACAUGCGGAAAGAGUUGAUCAAAGGCUCCAAUGGGGACAAUGAAAGCAAGGGCAAGGAAGAAAUAACCAGCGACAAGAAUGUCACCGAUGAGAAGGAUCCCAAGGAGGAUGACAAGUCCUCCAAGUCUCCACCAGGCCUGUUACUUGACGAUUCGUUUAAGACAGCAGCCGAGGCUCAACCCAAGGGAGACAUGACUCCCAAGCCGAAGCUCGACUCGGAAUCAUCAACCCGCGAGUCCACCAACAAGAACGAAGAGGACAAGAAGGAAGAGCAGGACCCACCAAGUCACACCUCGCAGGCUCCUGUAACACAGCCAAAUAACAGUGCACUUGAGAAAGAUGCGCCAAACCCGGUUGUGCAGGAUGACCCCUUGACUCCACCAGUGGUCAAGGAAGAAGGCUCAUCUGAGUCUAGCUCAGAUCCAGACUCUGAUUCCGACUCCGAUUCCGAUUCUGACGAUGCCUCAGACAUUUCCUCCUUCCCUGGAGACGGGCCGGUGUCUCCGGGGCCGAAGAAGAAGAAGCCAUGGAAUGCAGUGUGUGUUGUCGGCCUGCGAGUCUACGCACAGCACGCAAACGUCAAGGUUCGACUUGAAGAGCAGAGCUCCAAAGAUGCGGAUUCGAACCUCGUCACAACAGAGGGAAACCCCGUUGGUCCAACCUCUUGAAUCAUGAGACGCAGAGCCACGACGGGAUGAUGUUUGAGCGUUAUGGUCAUAGGAGGAAAUUAAUGUUCUAGGAUGUGCCAUACGGCCGGUAUGCCGAUUUUCUGGUGUUGUAACGAUGAGGCAUUACGAGACAUGAAUUUCUCAGGAUGUGUAUGAUCCGGUAUCUAACGCAGCUCUCUUCUCACCUUGUCAUUUUUUAACAUACUACUCCUUUAUUACUAGGCCCCAAUACAGAUUGCUUUAUUUGAUC